AUGCAGAAGGAAGAUACUGAAUCAAAGCUAUCGACCUUGUCCAUGGAAAACAACUCCAAGCAGGAGCGAUCCAUAGAGGGACAAGGUCUGCAAUCGCAAGGUUUGGCUCUGAAGAAAUACUCCAUCGAUGAUUUGUUGGCUGCCAAACCUCCAGACUUCAAGCUGAAACUCCAGACAUAUUUCUUUAACAAAGGUUUGGCCGACAGACCACAGUAUUUGCAAGAUAUCUACGACAACACUCCCCGUCAGAUCUAUGUCAAUGAGGCUUUGCCCUCAAACAUGCUGACCGGCGAUGGAAAGCCGGUCCUUCAAUAUCCCAGAAACAAAAUCAGAUCGACAAAGUAUACUCCGCUCUCCUUCAUUCCCAAGAACUUGCUAUUCCAGUUCCGGAAAGUGGCUAACACCUAUUUCUUGAUCUUGGUGAUUUUGGGUGCGUUCCAAGUGUUCGGUGUGGCCAGUCCGGGGUUGGCUGCCGUUCCUUUGAUUGUCAUUGUCACCAUCACUGCCAUAAAGGAUGGCUUUGAGGACUACAGAAGAGCCUCCAGUGACGCUGAGCUCAAUAAUAGCCCUGUGCAUUUGCUAGUGGGCAUCCAUAACGUCAACGUUGAAGUGGAUGAGGUGGGCGCCUGGAGAAGAUUUAAAAAGUUAUGUUCGAGAAUUCUUUGGGCCAUCGUGAAGGUUUUAAAGAAAGUCGUGAUCAAAUUGUUUGGCUCCAAGGCGAAAAAGGUCGAGUAUGUGCGUAAGGAGGCUCAAGAACGUGAGAAUGAGUUGCGAAGAGUAUCCACAGUCCAGUCCGACUAUAGCUUCAACUCAUUGGAUCUUCGACCAUCCGUCAGCACGAAGAGACCUAAAAAGUCCCAUCAACUGCAACGUAUUUCACAUGCGCCAACCAAACCACUUCCUGACAGUCUUCUCAAUCCUGUGUUGCAACAGGAACACCAAAAGGACCCAACUCUGAAGCAGACCCAUUUCAAGAACCGUAGAUGGAAAGAUAUUAGUGUUGGAGACUUCAUUCGUGUUAGAGCUAAUGAGGAGAUUCCAGCCGACAUCGUACUUAUUUCGUGUUCUGAUGAGGAGGGUAACUGUUACAUUGAAACAAAGAACUUGGACGGAGAAACUAACUUGAAGACCAAAACCACUUUAGCCUGUGGAGGCUCCUCCAAUUUGAAACACUCCACUGAUCUUGGAAACACAAAGUUUUGGAUUGAAUGUGAUGCUCCAAACACCCACUUGUAUUCCUUCAGAGGUACCAUCCACUACGAGAAUUACGACGAGUAUGGCCAGUUGGUGAAUGCUGACGAGAGAGAGGCUAUAACCAGUGACAACAUUCUUUUGAGAGGAUGUACUUUGAGAAACACUAAAUGGGCCAUUGGUGUAGUAGUGUACACUGGCUCUGAGACUAAGAUUGUGUUGAAUAGUGGCAUCACUCCCGAGAAAAUGUCCAAGAUUUCCCGUGAAUUGAAUCUUUCUGUGGUAAUCAAUUUCGUGGUCUUAUUCGUGUUAUGUUUUGUCUCUGGUCUUAUAAAUGGUCUAUUUUACAAUGAUUCCGAAACCUCCAGAGUUUAUUUUGAGUUUGCACCAUACUCUAAGACUUCAGCCGGAAAUGGUGUCUUGGCAUUCUUUGUGGCUUUGAUCAUUUAUCAGUCUUUAGUCCCGAUUUCCUUGUACAUUUCCAUUGAAAUUAUCAAAACCGCUCAAGCAUUUUUCAUUUAUUCGGAUGUUAAGAUGUACUACGAGCGUCUAGAUUUUCCAUGUACUCCGAAGUCGUGGAGUAUUUCGGACGAUUUGGGACAGAUAGAGUAUGUUUUCAGUGAUAAAACAGGUACUUUAACCCAAAAUGUCAUGGAGUUUAAGAAAUGUACCAUUGGAGGUAUUUCCUAUGGUUUGGCUUAUACUGAAGCCAAGCAAGGUAUGGAUAAGAGAAAUGGAGUUGAUACUGUCAAAGAAAGCGAGAGAUGGAACCAGGCUAUCAAAAAGGACAGAUCUGAUAUGAUUGAGAACUUGCAGAAUUUUGUGCAAAACGAUCAGUUCAGAGAGAACCUCUUGACUUUUGUCUCCAAUGACUAUGUGGAGGACACCAUUGUUCCAAACACUUUGAUUCAAUCAAGAAAACAGUCGAACGAAGAGUUCAUGCUUGCUCUUGCAUUGUGUCACACUGUCGUAACAGAAAGAAAUAGUGAGGAUGAGUUUUUGAAUGAUUUGAAGGCAGAGUCUCCCGAUGAAGCGGCCUUGGUUGCAGUCGCCAGAGACUUGGGAAUUGUGUUCAAGAAGAGAAUGAGAAAGACAUUGCUUUUAGACAUUUACGGCAAGGAAAGAGAGUAUGAAUUGCUCCACAUUAUUCCAUUCACAUCUGCUCGUAAGAGAAUGUCUUGUAUCUUGAAAACUCCAGAGGGAUCUCUCCUUCUCAUUUGCAAGGGUGCUGACAAUGUUAUUUACCAAAGAUUGUCUCCUUCUACACCUGAUGAUUUGUUGAAAAAGACAGCCUUGCAUUUGGAAGACUUUGCGAAGGAAGGUCUCAGAACGCUUUGUAUUGCUCAGAAAUCUAUGGACGAGUCGCAAUUCUACUCCUGGUAUGAACGUUUCCGGGAGGCAAAUGCCCUGAUUGAAGAUUCCAAAGACGAAAUUAUUGAUAGACUCAAUGCUGAAUUGGAACAGGGAUUAACUUUGCUUGGUGGUACUGCUAUUGAGGACAGACUUCAGCAAGGAGUGCCUGACUCUAUUUCUAUUUUGAGUGAAGCUGGUAUCAAGUUGUGGGUUCUUACUGGUGACAGAAUCGAAACUGCCAUCAACAUCGGCUUCUCCUGUAACCUUCUUGGGAACGAUAUGAAGUUGCUUGUUGUGAGACCUGAAAAUGAUGAUAUGUCCAAUGUGGAUUACAUUGAUGGCCUCAUCACAAAAUACUUAUCUGAGAAUUUCAAUAUCAACCUCAACAGUGCUGAUGAUGUCAAAGAGGCUAUAGCAGCUGCCAAGGGUGAUCACUCAAUUCCAACAUCCAACACUGCUUUGAUUAUCGAUGGUGCUGCUUUGACAUUGGUUUUCAGUGAGAACGAACUUGUUCGCCAAAAGUUCCUCCUUUUAGGUAAGCAGUGUAAGUCUGUGAUUUGCUGUCGUGUGUCGCCUGCUCAGAAGGCUCAAGUUGUUAAAGUUGUCAAGGAAAAUCUCAAGGUUAUGACCUUAGCUAUUGGAGAUGGUGCCAACGAUGUGGCCAUGAUUCAGGCCGCUAACGUUGGUGUUGGAAUUGCUGGUGAGGAAGGAAGACAGGCAGUCAUGUCGUCGGACUAUGCCAUUGGACAAUUCCGUUUCUUGACCAGAUUACUUCUUGUGCAUGGCAGAUGGUCGUACAAGAGAUUGGCUGAAAUGAUUCCAAGUUUCUUUUACAAGAAUGUUGUGUUCACUUUCACUUGUUUCUGGUACGGUAUCUACAACAGCUUCGACGGUUCUUACCUUUAUGAGUACACUUUCUUGAUGUUCUACAACUUGGCAUUUACUUCGCUUCCUGUUAUCAUCCUUGGUGUUUUCGAUCAGGAUGUAUCCGAUACGGUGUCUUUGAUUGUUCCACAGUUGUAUCGUGCUGGAGUUUUGGGACUUGAGUGGUCGCAGUAUAAAUUUAUUUGGUACAUGUUUGAUGGACUUUACCAAUCUGUGGUCUCCUUCUUUUUCCCUUACCUCAUGUACUACGUGAGUUUCCAGAAUCACGAAGGGUUGCCAGUUGACCAUAGAUUCUGGGUCGGUGUCUUGAUUUGUGCAAUCUCUGUGACAUCAUGUAACAUAUACGUGUUGUUGCAACAGUAUAGAUGGGAUUGGUUGUCCUUGUUGAUCAAUGCGUUGUCAACUCUUGUUGUCUUCUUCUGGGUUGGAGUUUGGUCUGCUAGCGCCUAUGUGGGUGAGUUUUAUAAGUGCGGUACCUAUCUUUUGGGUACUUUGGGAUUCUGGCCAUGCUUUUUGGUUUCGGUGGUAAUUUGUGUGUUGCCUCGUUUCACCUACGAUUUCUUGCUCAGAAACUUCAAGCCAAGAGACAUUGACAUCAUUCGUGAGCAAGUAAGAGCUGGAGAGUUCAAGGACUACCCACAGGGCUACGAUCCCACAAAUUUGGAGGAUAUUGAAAAACACAGAAUUCUCCAGCGUCUUAACGAGGGAGACACAGAGCUUUUGGAGAAGGUUGAGAAUGCUGUAGGCGCCCAUGAUACUGGGUCAGACCAUUCGAUAAACGAAGACCACAAGCUCUCCAGAGCUUUUAAGUCCAUUACCAGAAGAGCAACAAUUUCGAGAUCCAGACGUGGAACCAUUAAUAGAUCCAGACAUGGAACGAUCAACGAUAAGGCCAAAUACAACCAGCAGCUUCUCAACAUGCCAAUCGACUUGAAUCAAUUGAGACAAGACAUGAUCAAGAGAGGAGAGUACAAGACUGCGAGAAACUCACUUGACAGAAUUAGCACCACGCAUGGAAUUCCAGGCUUAACGCAAGCAGAAACGUUGUUAACAUAUCACACACGGAACAGUAUUAGUUUUGACCGUUAA